AAAAGACAAGGAGCUCCUGUGGAGAGCCACAAGGAUGAUCAGGGGUCUGGAGCAUCUCCCUUGUGAGGAGAGACUCUGGGAGCUGGGCCUCUUUGGUCUGGAGACUGAGAGGGGAUGUCAUCAGUACACAGAAAUACCUCAAAGAUAAGCAACAUCUUGUUUUUCGUUUUGCCACCCAUAUGUAUGUGCUUGUUUCGUCAAUAUGCAAUCUGCUUCAACAGUGGAAUAUAUUUAAUAUGGAUUCUCCUAGUCAUGGUUGGAAUUGGAUCUGUUUAUUUUCACGCCACCCUCAGUUUCUUGGGCCAGAUGCUGGAUGAGCUGGCUGUUCUCUGGGUUUUGAUGUGUGCUCUUGCUAUGUGGUUCCCUAGGAGAUACCUGCCCAGAGUUUUUCGAAAUGACAGGAGCCGAUUUAAAGCUGCUGUGGGUGUCCUGUCUGGAAUUACCACCUGCCUGGCCUUCAUUAAGCCUGCCAUUAACAACAUCUCGCUAAUGACACUGGGAGUUCCCUGCACAGCUUUGCUCAUUGCUGAGUUGAAGAGAUGUGAAAACCUGCGUGUAUACAAAUUGGGUCUCUUUUCAGGUCUUUGGUGGAUGCUAGCACUUUUCUGCUGGAUCAGUGAUAAAGCUUUUUGUGAGAUCUGGUCCUCAUUUAAUUUUCCCUAUUUGCACUGUGUGUGGCACAUUUUGAUUUGCCUUGCGGCAUAUCUGGGAUGUGUCUGCUUUGCUUACUUUGAUGCUGCCUCUGAGAUCCCUGAGCAGGGCCCUGUCAUAAAGUUCUGGCCCAGUGAAAGGUGGGCAUUCAUUGGAGUUCCCUACGUCACCCUUCUCUGCGCACACAAAAAAAGAUCUGUGAAGAUUACAUGAAGUUGGAAGCCAUGUGGAAUGGGGAUGGAUUUUCAACUUACAUUCCAGCAUAGACAGUAUUUAUAUAAUGAUAAAUGACUACUAUUGUAUUGUCUCUUCUUGAGAUAGGCAGCACUUCAAGUGUCAUAGGAAAAGGGAAGUGUGUUCAUUCCUCUUUGAAGAAGAGAGAGGAAACAGGAACAUGGGGGCACUUGAACACUAAAGUAACAAAAUGGCUUCUUUUUUUUUUGCGCCAUGUUUUUGAUGUAGCAUAAAAGUUCUUUUCAAAUACCAGGGUCAAGGAAUGAUCUUUUUGUAGUAGGUCACCUUUGGUGCUUGAUCCACUUCUUUUGUAACUUUCUUUGUGAAAGAAAGCAGUCUAAGAUGCCUACAUGCCAUCCUGUGUCCUUCUUAGCUCUGAUUUUGCUGUGUUUGCAAAUGGCCACAAGAGUGUGCUCGAAGCCCAUGCUGUUCCCAGCCUGGUGUGGCACCCAGGCUGUGCAUCGCUUUGGAUCACAGAAAGCAUGGUUGCUUCCCCGAGUUCAAUAGGAGAUGAGUGCUUGCAGCUGGAUUACUCUGUAAGUGCAAUUACGCUAUGUAAACGCAGAGGGAGCUGACAGAAGUCCCUAAAACUAGGUAGGAGUUCAAGGAUUUUAUUGUAUUUCCACUGUCCUGUGAAUACUUGUAUACUGCAUAUUUUUUUCUUGCAGAAAUGUCACAGAAAUCCCUCUCUACCUCUUGAGACAUGCUUGGUUUUGAAUUUGGCUCAUAAAAGUGUGAACAUUACCUUCACUAAGAUCUCAGGUCAGCAUUGAUUGACAGUGUGAUUAAACUAUAAAAACUCAUAAGUGCCUAGCUGCACGUCUAAUUUGAGACCUGACUUCUCACCAGUUCAAAGUGAUGUAAAAAAUAGUCCAGUGUUCUCCUGGUUAUACUUAGGAAAAAAGUAGAUAACUGCUUAGAAACCAAGCUGCAGACCUAGAUUUCAGUGAGCAAUGAGAUGUGAUACUGAGUCUUGCAUUCUUGCAAAAUAUUCCAAUUUUCUGGGUUUUUUCAGCCCAUUUUGUAAAGAUAAGGGAUGUCUAGGUCCAUUUAGUUUUAAGGUUAUUGGUGUUGAGGUUCAAGAAUGGCUAUAGUUCUUGCAAGCAAUUAAAACAAUGCCUGUUUUAAAAAAUGGUGCAAAGUGCAGCCAUGUUUUUCAAGUAUCAGCAAUUGUAGCUGCUAAUAGCUGCAGUUUUGGAGAAAAAAGGGUCUACUGACAUUCCUCAGAACUCUAAUAUCAGAACUCUAAGCGGGAUAAGGCUUUGAAUGUACACUUUUAUUAUUAAGUAUUAUUUCCUUUUUUAGUAUUAGACCAUAAAAUAUUAUUUUAUCUUUUGCUUACAUAUCUCAUGUUGUACUUGUUUUUUAUCAAUGCAAAAAUGUACUCUAUACGGUAUCAUCUUUAUGAAAGUGGCUUUUAGCAAGAACUUCAAGCUGAAUUAAUUUUUAAGCAUUUGAAAACCUUUAAAACGUUUAUAUUAAAAUUUAUGCUUAGAAAGUAAGAAGUAAGGUGUAUGCUGAUACUCUUGAAGCAAACUGUAAGCAGGAGUUAUGACUUUUUUAUGAGACCUUCAAAAUAGGUGAGUAGACUACUGUCAGGCGACUGCCAAAUCUUAAAAGCAGGACAGACAUAAAAUGGAACACUACAUAUUUGUAACACUUGAUAGUAGAUUUGAAACAUCUGGUUUUUUGACACACAGUGAUAGAAUUUUUGUAUGAAAUCUGUUUAGAAAAAUGUAUGUAGUGAUGUUUGUUAGUCUUUGAAACAACAGCUAUUUUUCCUUUUCCUUCCUCUCCCCUUGAUUAUGAAGUGCUCAGCUUCAAACACUUCUCAGGUAUUAAAAGUUCUAUUAUUAUUAGAUUCUUAUACAGAUAGGAUUGCUGGCUGGAACCCAGCUAAGUUUUCUGAUGCCUAACAUGGCCCUACUUUGAGUAAGACUUUUAAAUAGUGUUUGCUAAAUUAUUAUGUUAUGGUAAGUAAGUUAUUUUCAAUAUUGCUUGGGAACCUAAUAACUGCAGACAUAAUGUACUAUUCAAAAUGACUGGAGCCUUUCUACUUAAUAUUUUGCUUGAAAGCAACCUCUGACUCAAAGGGCUCUAUUUAAUCUGCUGUCAGUUGCUGUCUUCUACUCUGCAGUCUGACUGCUCACAAAGAAGUAAUUUUGUAAUUUAAAAAAUCUCAGUAGGACAUUCAGCUAUUGAAGAAGUAAAUUAAUGCAGAUAAAAGGCCAAGAAUCAUCUCCUGUGUUUUUAUUAUCUAACCUCUAGCCUUUCUACUCUUCGUGGGAGAUUUUGUGAACAAAGAUCACUAUGUGUUGUUCAAAGCUUCACUGUAGAAUUCCUCUGUAGCAGCAGCUCACCACUUACAGAUUUAGCUGUUUCACAUUACAUUAAAUUAGUAUUAACUUAUAUAACUGAAAUUAGCUACACUUAUUUAAAAAAUAAAAAACAUUCCAUUUUUUACAAGAUUCACAGUUUUAGAGAUUUCAUCUACACAAUAAUAUUGGUACCCAAAGAAGUAUAUGAUUGGCAUACAGAAUAGUCUGUGCACUGGAUCAUACAAAUUGAUAGAGUAUGCACAAAGAGCUGUAUUACAUUGCAGUAUAAAGUGAUUUAUAUGCACCUGCAGGUUUUAAAGCCCCAGAAUGCUUUCUUUCCCUGCUGGCAGGAAGUGAGUUAGUUCCUAGUCUUCAGGUUCAGUUACUAUUUUAGUCUAUUUACUGGGAUGCAGUACUGUGUUGAGCGUAUUGUAAAUAUUGACAAGAGAUUUCCAUCAUUCCUUUAAUGUUAAGCUUCAGGUUUUUAAAGAAAGAAUGGUUAGUUUUUGGUGGUAGCAAACACUCAAUUUACAGUUAUUAACAACUCAAGAAGUACUAUGUAAGGACUUCUGUAGGGUUGGGGGUUUCUUCCAUCUCCAUUUAAGUCUGCGUACUAAAUGUUUGUGUAAAACAUGUAAUACUUUACAGCAUUAAACUGCAUUUGGAGUAAAUAUUGUUUGCUUUUUCAUACACCAUGUUUGUGGAGAAGAAUGCAGCUGCAAGUAUAAUGACUUGAGCCAUAAGGAUAAUUUUUUUCUUACACACUUUUCAACAAUUCUGACUCUGUGAGGAGGAGGGAGACUGCAUUAGAUAGAAGACCAUUAAUUAAUGAGAUAGCCAUUACUUUGUAUAUCAAACUGUUUUUUGCAACUAGAACAAAUAUUUGAAAACUGCAAGCCCGUGAAUCAACGAAGACAAGAAAUGGUUAAAAAUGAGUGGCCUGUAUUUCCACAAGUAGACAAAACUGGGUCAGAGUGAGUACAUCUGUGAGAACAAAGUGGGGAUCUUCAGUGUAUGUUAUCUAAGACUGUGCUUCCAACUUCAGGGAGUGAGAUUGUGGUUAUAUAGUAGCCUUGCACCUGCCCUUCCCCUCCCGCUUCGCUUUUACCAUGGUUCCUCUCACUUCAUGUAAAAGACCAUUUUUGAGACAUUCAUGGAUCCUCAUAAGCAAUUAUAAUCAAGCUGGAAAUAGCUGUUGUGUGAAAGUAUAGCUAUAAUUCAAGAAUGUUACUCACUCAGAAUUAAUGUCUGUAGCUGCUAAAAAUUCAAAAACAGCUGGUGGGUUGGCUCAUACUUUGUUGUAUCACUCAGUCUGCUCUUAUCUGGAAUUUAUGGACAUGGUUUCCCAUGGAAACAAGAGGAGCAUCAUCAUACCACUGCAUUUCCCUGAUAGCUUCAGAGCUCUGUGCUUAUUUUGUCCCAAUCUGACAGAGGCAAGAGCCAUGGAGGUAAUUUUAUACAAAUUGUGCAAAAGAUGGUCAUGUAGAAAA